CAUUAUCACCUUGAGUUCUACAAAUGAAGGUAUGUGGAGAAUGAAUAAGGAAAAUGCAAGGAAGGGAUGUUUAUAUUGUCAAUGUUCAACCGAUCCAUAGGGGACGAAUCCUAAUAUUUGGGGAUAAAUAAUUAAAUAAGAUGAAUAUAUGUAUUGUGUACAUAAUUGGAAAUUAAAACAAAAUCCUGCUUUAAAUAACAUGUUUUUUUAUUUAAUGAAAUGUAAUAUUUUUAUAUUAUCCCACGCACUUCUUCACCUGUUCAUGAUCCACCAGAUAACCAGGAUGUGGUGCCUUUUGAAACAUCUUCUCCUACAACAUCAUGUACGACACCGGGCCAUCCACAUGAUAUAUCUCAAAAUCCAGCGGAGGGACCUAGACAGCCACACUUGAAGAUAUUUCCUCGAACAGUACAUGGUGAAAAGAGGAGGGCCUUCAGCAAGACAUGGUAUUCACAACACAAAUGGCUGGAAUAUUCUCAAAGUCGGGACUCUGUCUAUUGUUUUGCAUGUAGACACUUUUCCCUUCCAAAUGCUUCUGAAACUCCUUUUACAUCACAUGAAGGGUACUCAAACUGGAAGAAGGCAAUGUAUAAAGAUGGAGGUUUUAAGGGGCAUGAGAAAUCUGAAGGUCAUACGAAUGCCAUGUAUGCUUGGAGUGAACAUAAGAAAAACAUUUUGACAGAUUCAUCUGUGCGUGAUGCUUUGGACAAGGCAUAUAAAAAAAAAGUAGAGGAAAAUCGCAUAUAUAUCAAAACUGUUGCUGAAGUACUUCUCCUUACAGCUAUGCAAAACCUCUCCCAAAGGGGGCAUCUUGAGACAGAUACAUCACAAAACAAAGGGAACUUUUUAGAGUUAAUGGAACUUCUUUCUAAGCAUAAUCCACUGAUUGCAAAAAAAAAUGAAAGCUGCAGGAAAUGCAAAAUAUACCAGUAACACCAUUCAGAAUGAAGUAAUCGAAUGUCUGUCAGAGAUGGUACGUGAAGACAUUAUCAGAGAAGUAAAGGAGAGUGAGUACUUCUCUGUGAUUGCAGAUGAAACAAAAGCCCUAAAGAAAACAGAGCAACUGACAUUAGUACUAAGGUAUUACUACAAUGGGGCUGUUCAAGAGAGUUUUUUAGAGUUCCAGAGAGCAAGUCAGCUAGAUGUGGCAGGGCUCACUCAAAAUAUAUACAGUGUCUGGAAAGGUAUGGCCUUGAAUAUAGAUCCAAUCUUGUAGGCCAAGGAUAUGAUGGGGCGUCAGGAAUGGCAGGGAAAUGCAGGGGUGUUGCAGCCAGGAUCAAAACAGAGGCAAAACAUGCAUUUUAUGUACAUUGCAAUGCACAUUGCCUUAACCUUGUUAUCGUUGAUGCAGUGAAAGCAGUCCCUGAAGCACACUGCUUUUUUUCAUUGUUGCAGAAAUUGUAUGUCUACAUGUCAGGUUCAUAUGUUCACCAAAAAUGGAUCACAGUUCAAAAAGACAUGUAUCCAGAGGCUCCUAGAGAGCUUCAGAGACUCAGUGAUACCAGGUGGGCAUGUCGUUACAGUGCAUGCAAAACUGUAAUGGACAGAUUACCAGCUAUAUUAAGAGUGCUACAUGAGAUAGAUUUAGAGAACAGCGGUGACAAAUCAGUGGAGGCACGGGGUCUGUUGGCACAAAUUGACCUCACAUUUAUUGGCAAUUUAUCCACAUUUAGAAAAAUUCUAGGGGAAAUUAAGUUGCUUUCUGAUGUACUUCAGUCUCCAUCUCUUGAUCUAGCAAAGGCUGUAGACCUAAUUCAUGCACUUCAAGACACCUUGGACCAAUAUAGAAGUGAAUCCUGUUUUGAUGAGCUGUGGCAAGACGCAAUGGAUAUUGCAGAACAGUGUACUGUUGCCUCUGAGACAGUUAAGAGAAGGGUGCAGAGAGAGAGCCUCAGGCUAAAGGGUUAUUUUGUAGAUUCUCCAAUCGGGCAACACAGGUGUAAGGAGGAUGACAAGGACAAGUUUAAGAGGGAAGUAUUUUACCCCAUUCUUGACCAUGUACAUGCAGAGAUGGAGAAGCGCUUCAACAAGACCAAUUGUGAUAUUAUGAGGGGUAUACAGGCACUAAACCCCAAGAGUAAGAGCUUUUUGUCAGAGGAAAUAGUUGUAAGCUUGGCUGGUCUGUAUGACUGUGAUAUUGAAGACCUCAAACAUGAGCUGUAUCAAGCUAGAAAGGUUGUUCAAAGGAGAGCAGGGUGUGGGAAUGAACUCUCCAGUAUUUUGGGGUUUACUACCUUCCUAGAGCCUUACAAAGAGGUGUUUCAUCAGCUUUUUCGUUUAUGUCGAAUAGCUUUAGCUUUACCUGUCAGCAGUGCUACUUGUGAACGUAGCUUUUCAGUGCUAAAGCUUAUAAAAAAAUCAUCUACGAACAACUAUGACUGAUGAGAGGCUUAGCAAUAUUGGAGUUUUGAGUAUUGAGAGGAAAAGGGCAAUAUCAUUAAGCCUGGAUGACUUUGUAACACGUUUUGCCACCCGUCACCGUAACAGGCGGAUCUACCUAUUCUAAGUCAUUGAUAAUAUUUAAUGAAGCAUAGAGUAGGUACUUGAGUAAAUGUUCUCUUUCAAAACAUAAAUAUUUUGCAACUACAAGUGCUGCUGUUCACAAAUGUUUUUGUACUUCUUGUCUUCUUAACAUGUAACAGAGUCUUAUUAAAAGUUCAGUAUAUUUUAAUAAGUUUAAAUAAGUUUGCAUUGCAUUGGCUAAUUUGCCAAUUGUAUGUUAAAAAUGUUUGUAGUUUAAUGUUCAAAAAUGUUUUAGCCCAAAACAUAUGUGCACUAUUUGUCAGUAAAAAUACUUGUCCUUGAAUGCUGA